ACAGUACAGUUACCACCACCUGAUUUAAUAGAAUAGGGAAAUAGAUCAAACUAUCUAACGCAACAAUGCUGUUAUGUUGGAAGGAGAAAAUAUGUCCUUACUAACUAAAGCACCGUAAUUACCUGGAGCUGUAUACGUGAGCAAAACGAGAAACUGCACGCUCUAGAGGUCCUGACGAAAUCCUGUCGCACCUGUAUGAUGAACUCCCUCCGCCUUCAAACGAACACGCAAAGAAACUCGGAAAGUUUCAGGAUCCAGGAGUCAAGAACAGCAGUUCAACCAGGUUUGAAAAGACAGCAGAACAAUCUUGCUCUACGACCGUAAACAUGGUGAAGGGAAAAGAACUGUCUGAGGAUCUAAGAAAUUUGAUUGUAUCCAAACAUGGACUUAAGCAAGGGUACAAAUCCAUCGCCCGUGAUGUUGGAAUUGCUGUCUCCACAGUUCGUAAUAUUAUCAGGAAACAUGCUAUAUAUGGAAUUGUAGUCAACCUCCCUGGACGUGGUCGCAAGAAGAAUUUGCUUCGAGCAGUUGAAAAAGAGAAAACUUGCAAGAAGGAACUGAUUGAAAUGGCUGAUGAAGAAAAUACUAUCUCAAAGAAACUGGUUGGAAUGGCUGACAAAGAAAAAACUCUCAAGAAGAAACUAGUCAGAAAUGUUGCUAAAGAAAAAACUCUGAAGAACGAACUGGUUGAAAAUGUUUGUAAAGAAAAAACACACAAGAAGGGAAUAGUUAGAAAGGUUAACAAGUCAUCGUUUAUGGUGUCUAGCCAAGAGAAAAUGGCGUCUAUAUCUGACAUAAUCCAAAAGGACGAGGACUCUGGUUCAGAGAAAACUGAGUCUCAGGACAAGGAACAUCCCCGGGUUCUCAUCCCAGAACUGUGCCGGCUCUUCUACAAACUUGGUUGGGUUACUGGGACAGGCGGAGGGAUAAGUUUACGUCAUGGAGACCAGAUUUACAUUGCCCCGUCUGGAGUCCAGAAGGAGAGACUACAGCCGGAGGACAUGUUUGUGUGUGAUGUAGAGGAGAGGGACAUCUGUGUCCCACCAGCAUGGAAGAAUCUGAAGAAGAGCCAGUGCACCCCCCUGUUUAUGAAUGCCUACACCAUGAGAGCGGCACAGGCAGUCAUACACACCCACUCCAAAGCUGCUGUCAUGGCAACACUGUUUUAUCCUGGCAAGGAGUUUCGGAUAACUCACCAGGAGAUGAUCAAGGGAAUUCGCAAGUGCACAUCCGGCACCAACUACAGAUAUGACGAAACACUGGUGGUGCCCAUCAUUGAGAACACCCCAGAGGAGCAAGACCUGAAGGAGCGCAUGGCGCUGGCCAUGGAGCAGUACCCAGAAUCCUGUGCGGUCCUCGUCCGGCGCCAUGGGGUCUACGUGUGGGGGGAGUCCUGGGAGAAAGCCAAGACCAUGUGUGAAUGUUACGACUACCUUUUCGACAUCGCUGUCAAAAUGAAGCAGUGUGGACUGGAUCCUUCGGCUCAGCCCGUCGAAGAGAACCUGUACUAUUAUGUCCAACAAGCCUAAUAAAUGUCACUGACAUUCAUUUAAAAUCAAUAUAUGGAUAGAGAUGUAAUUACUAUUUCACUGACCACAAACAUACAUGAAGGGAUUGAUACUUGUGAUAGUUAAAAGGAGUUUUUCCCCCUGUUGGAAAGCUUUUUCCAUUUGACAGCAGAAGUCUACAUUUUAUGGUACGCUUUUGUUUUACGGCCAAAAUCUUUUUUGGAAUGAAUACAUAUUUUGAAACCCUGUCAAUCCACUAUUGUUGCAGAUACAUCAUACAUAUUGUCUGGAAAUAAUUCUGUAUGUUUCUCCUAGAAGCAUGUUUUUUUUGUGGGAGAUUAGGCCAUUGUGUCAAAGAAACAUUUUGAGCGGUGUACGUCUGACCUGACUGUGUACAUCAGUACCAUCUAAAGCAUCACAGUAUUGUUGAGUGUGUUUUUGAUUCUUCACCAAUUAGAUUAGCUCUGAAAAAGACAUGAUGUGAAAUAAUCUGAAUUUAGCCCAAUGAGCACAAUACAUCCUUUUGGUGAAUAUUGGAAAUGGGCCAUCUGUAAACAUUUCCAAAACAUUUCUAGGUUUACAAAUCUGUAGCAUUUCAAAAUUUAUGAUAUCUAAAUUUCCACAAUUCAAUCAGCCUGACAUGUGGAUUGGAAAGUUGACAUUUCAUGCCUGAUCAAUAAAGAUGGGAAUAAAUGUG